UGCAGAGAUAAUAAUGCUUAAAACGCAAUUAACCCUCAGACAGUGUGCAGGGAUGUGCGUGAGCUUCUGUAUAUUCCACAUUCGUGGGGUUUAGGAGGAAUGCUCAUGGUGGCUUGCACCAUUAUGAGAAGGAAGAAGGGAAAGGAAAAGGAGGCAGAGAUGAAACUAGCUGACAAUGAUAAUAUCAAUACUAUCUAUCAUCCCAUGGUCUGUUGACACACAACUGGCCUUUCUUGUCUGGAUAUAAUUUUUGGUUGUCUUUGUACCGCUGAACACAACACCAUAAUUGUUGGCAUAUGACGGGAUAACAGUUUGGUGACUGACCAGCUAAUUGGUGGCAGUUGGCCUAUAUUCUGCCCGGGAUUCGGAGUCUUCUGAUGGGUAAUGGGAUUUCAAGAUGAAGUGAUUCUAAUAGGAGAAGGUAAUGGUAUCAUGGACGAACAUAGCAAAGAGCACAGCAAAAAAAAAAAAGCGUAAUUCGAAACCCGAAAUCGUCAAAAUCUCAGAAUUUUCCUGGGCCUGGCCUUGUCAGGGGCAUCGCAUCAUUAUCGUAUCAGCGUCGGGGAUCCCAGUUUUUUAUGUCACUGUUGAGUAGCAGAUGUAAUCUCCACAACUGGCAUGUUGCCUAAGUCAGUGGCAUUUGACUCCAGCUAACAAUCUAGGAGUAGGAGGAUGUCUCUAUUAUUGAUGAGUAACAGGGAAACUGAAAGUCCGAACUGGCCAAGUCUCGUGAACUAAUUGCGAAAAGAAUAGUGGUAUCCUGAAUACUUAACUAUAUGUGGUGGGUGAUAUGUCGAUACACUUCCACGGUCUGAGUGUGUAUACGGCCCUCCGGGAUCAUAUAUGGAGGCACACGUAUAUAUGCAGGCAUUAAAUAUACAUACAUACAACAUUUAAAAAUUCAUUUCGGUAGUAAGUUGACUAUUGUCGUAGCACUAAUAAUGUUUAACUGAGGCGGUUGGUGUCAGGCGGCUUAGUCAGAGCUGACACAGCGGACCCCGGGCGGCUGGAACCUCCAACAUUUCCAACAUCAAACAUCCAUCACUAACUACAUGUCUGCACAAUGUACAUGUACAUACAUACAUCACAACAGACGACACAAAGCAGCAUCGGAGCUCUGCAAUAACCUCGAUGUAGCUAGGUCCCCGUGGCUGCUGGGAGGACUGAACCUACUGCAGGUUGUCCUUUGCCUUUCAUCAUUUCAUCAUACUUCCACCGUCUCUGCCGAAUUCUUUGUCCCUGACAUGGAGUUUUUAUGGCCUUGCUCGGAGGCAACACCCAAGACCCGUCGGCAGCGCAACCAGAGCAGCGCUUCUGUCUGCCUUGCUAGCUUUUCACGCUUUUAGUGCUUGACUGUUUGUUCACUAGGUGAUGAUUUUGGGUGACGCAGCUCGCGAAGUAACAGUUUUCACCACCUUCCCUUUUAUUUUAUUUUUUAUUUUUUUUGCUGAGCAGUCAUUCAUAUUUUGUAUUCUGUGGGGAUGUUUCCGUAUGCCUGCCUAAACACACUAAGAAAUACAAGGAGGAUUGAUUUCUGUUUCCCAGGGAAAACCCUCGUUAGCAUUUCCUGAAAAUGGCUUCUCAUAUCUCGAGACCUCGAACCUGUGCAAUACCAAUUAUAGACCCCUCUGGCCAGCUAGUUUCUGUGGAUGGUGUGAAUGGGGCUGCUACAACAAGCCCACCUUCACAUAGUCAUCCGAGGAUUCAAACAAAUGGGGGUCUUUCGAUAGCACCAAGUAAUUCCUCGCGGCAAGAUGUCCCGGUUCAAACUUAUUCAAAUAGCUAUACAGCUACAGCAUUGAAUUCAAGGUCGCAGAAUGCCGUCGUUGGAUUUCAAGGCCAACAACUCAACUAUCUUGAACGAAGAAGGGAAGCAUUCUCCGUCGAUGAAUCAUACCAAUUCUCUCAUAAUCCACAACUUCCGACAUGGCCAAAUCAUAGACCGAUGUACGACAGCACCAACCAGCUAGCGGGCCGCUCAACAACUUGGAAGCCGGAUGUGUAUGCCCGUAGCUAUGUUCCGGCGUAUCUCAUUGCCAUUAACCGAUCUCCAGCGGUUGAUAGGUAUAGCACGCAACUGAAGAGCAUCGAUUUUGCGGCAUAUGUUGCCCGGUUCUCAGGGACUUCGUUUUUGGAGCCAUUGCCCGUUGAAAAUUUACCAACGCUCAAGAGCGUGCCCGUGUCAAUCUCCCGCCACACCAAGAAUCUGUCGCCAUCCUCUUAUCUUUAUUAUUUUGACGAAUGCCUUCUAUUGGAAGGGAUGAACUAUUCCCAAGAGCUAGCAGGACACAGUCUCUACAACGUCUUACUUACAUUGACGGAUGCCAGACAGAAUCUGUACAGUCUCCAUGUACCAGGCCUUAAGGAUGGCGCCCCAAAAGUUGGCCUGGGAGACACCGUACUUGUUCGACAGAUAGUACCUUUCCCACAACUUGCCCAGCAAGGGGCUGAAUGGCUGAGUCAUAACAAGACAAACCUCACGGGGUCCAUUGCGCCAGGCUUUUCAGGUCACCAACAUCACGCUGUUGUAUGGGGCAUAUCCGUGGCGAAGGAAACGCUCAUUAUCCGGGUCGAUCAUCUUCUCCCAGCAUCUCGACUCUGCAAUAUCCAAUUUACUGUCCAACCAGAUCUGUUUGUACCUCUCUGGAGAGCUGUUGUUGACGUCACAGAUGGCAGACCAUGGGAACACGAAGAUGUCAAGUCGGAGAUGGCUGGGUCAAUUGAAAACAAGCAAAAUUGGCUUCGUCAUAUGCUCUUUCCAGAGCCAAGUGAUGCUGCUUUGCAAACGACGCUCCCCAAAGGAGCUUUCGAACACAGCUGGGUCGAUAAGGACCUGAAUUACGAGCAGAUGAAAGCAGUCGAUUCUAUAAUAACUCGCAAUUUUGGUACUAUUCCAUUUUUGAUAUCUGGGGUACCAGGGUCUGGUAAAACAAAAACCGUGGUUGAAUGCACGCUACAGCUCCUGCGUCGAAAUGAUAAAAUAAAACCUCAUAUUUUGCUCUGUGCGCCAUCCAACCCCGCAGCCGACACCCUGGCUAUGCGGCUGGCUAAGCACUUGCAACCUCACGAAAUGUUCAGACUUAAUGGAUGGUCAAGGUCAUUUGCAGAAGUCCCUGACCAGCUGUUGCCGUACACUCAUUCGGAGAACGAUCUUUUUUCAAUACCCGAGUUCAAAAUUAUGAUGAACUACAAAGUCGUGGUGACAACCUGCCAGGAUGCCCAUAUGCUUGUUAGGGCACGGCUGACUAACCAGGAUCUAAUGAAGUUGGGAUACGAGAUGUUGAGUUCUAUCUUACCAGGGAUAAAACCAAACCCGCGGGAUAUGCUUCACUGGACAGCCUUGAUCGUGGACGAAGCAGCGCAAGCCACUGAGCCUAUGGUUUGUGUCCCACUGACGGUGGUCUCAACGCCAUUGUGUGUCAAGGAAAGCGUUGACGUGACCAACGCAAGGUCCACCUUACCGUUAUUCAUCAUGGCAGGAGAUGAGCACCAGCUCGGACCUCGAGUUUCAAAUACAAACACAGCGUUCUCAGUCUCUUUAUUCGAACGCCUAUUUUCCCUCCCUAUUUACGCCGAUCACCCCCUCUCUCGCCGAAAUGCCGGACCGUAUAAGAAGCUAACGCAAGAAAUGCUUCCAAUUCCACGACCAGCAUUCACCAAUCUUACCCGCAACUACCGGUCUCAUACCUCCAUACUUGCUAUGCCAUCCGUUUUGUUUUACAGCGACACCCUCAUCCCCUCAGCCACCCCAGCACACCCAGAUGGACCGGUUCCAUCGUGGCCAGUAUGGAAAGCACCCCAUCGCUGGCCAAUGUUAUUCGCCUGUAACACCUCUCCCGACGAUGUGGAAGAAAUCCUUCACAGCCCCGCCGGCAGUGGCCUUUUUAACCAGGGCGAGGCUCUCAAAGCUCUACAAUUCGUACAAUCUCUUCUCGACCAUUCCAAUAGCCUAACAUACCCUUCUAAUACCACUAGUACCGUAACUCCAACAUCCUCAACACCGCCAAUGCGCCCCAUCACCCAACAAGAAAUCGCCGUUAUAACCCCUUUCCUGACCCAAGUAGCCCACCUCCGCCGCCUCUUCCGCGAUCACAACCUUCACUCAGUCAACAUUGGGCCCGUCGAGGCAUUCCAGGGUCUAGAAACGCGUUUCCUGAUAAUCUGCACGACGCGCACACGCGCCGAGAUGCGAUUUAUAGAGCAGGACCAGUCAUUCGGGCUGGGGCUGGUUGGCGAAAGGCGCCGGUUCAACAUGGCCAUGACGCGGGCAAAGGAAGGGUUGAUAGUCAUAGGCAGUCCGGACGUUCUUGUUGGCGUGUCGAAGGAUGAGUCUUGGCGGGCAUUUCUUAGCUUUUGUGCGAGGAAUGAGUGUUGGGAUGUCGAUGAGAGUAAUGACGAGGUGCGAGAGAAUAUGUGGGCGUGGGCUGAUAAGUUAGCUGGCCAUCGGAGGCGGGGGCAUGGGAAUAUGAAUGUGAAUGCCCUCGUUAAUGGCAAUGGGAAUGGGAACAGGAAUGCGGGGAAUGGAGAGGAUUUUGAAGAGGAGGAUGAUAUACGGCUUGAGGGAUAUGUGAGUCGUUUGGAGCGGGGUUUACUUUAUGCGCAGAGCGCAGGGGAAGAUUGUGAUGGAGAUUACGGGUCUGUUGACGGAGAGGAUCCGACUGAUGCUACUGGUGGCGAUCGCCGGAGAGGGAGUCAGUGGGGCAAAGGGAAGAGGAAGGGUCGCCUGGGCAAAGGGUGGAGUACGGCGGAUGACUAUGAUUCUGCGAUGUGGACGGCGGGGAUCGCGGCUGAAGAAGUACUACGAGGUUCGCUUGAUGACUGACUUUACUUCGCUGGGUCGGUUUUAUGAUGCUACAAAUGGAGUAUAUUUGGUCGGUGGCGGGAAAUAGUGUUUUCCGCUCUUAUUUUGCGUUUCUUUCUCUCUUUUCUUUUCUCUUUUCCCGCCUUUUUUACAUGUCAGUGGAUUAAUUUUGUCUUCUCCUCUAUUUCUAUCUCGAUAUGUUUUAAAAUUUGUCCAAGUUUACACUUUUUGACCUGCAAACACCAGAUGAAUGUCGGUGGGUUCGGCUGUUGAGGGCGGUAGCUUUGUUAAUUAUGUGUUUUUGUUUAUUUUUUAUUCUUUUAUUCUUCUUUCUUUUCAAGGACAGGCACACGUAUGGGCGACAGAUGUGAGGAGAGGAGGAGGAGGCAAUGUAGGAUGCUAUCCUAAAAUCAUGGAUUGAUGGAAAGGGGCAAAAAAACUAAAAAAGAAAAAAAAAGAAAAAAGAAAGAAAAAAGAAAAAAGAAAAAGAAAAAGAAAAAGAAAAAGUGAAGAAGAGAAAAAACCUCAACCAAAAACAAGGGGGAAAAAAUUAAAAUAAAAUAAAAAAGUCCUUAAAUAGAAAAUAGAGAAGUGGACAGAAAUGAAAUGGGGAAGGAAAAGAAUAAAAAUAAAAUAAAAUGGAAAACCAACAAGAGCCGGGUGUUGAUGUAUGGAAUUGUUCAGCCCCUUAACAACCAGUUAGCGUAGCUAUCCUACAUCCAAGAACUUUUCACAAAAAGAGUGUAGUUACGUAACUUGAUACUGACAAACUCAAAUCCCAUUACGCAGUGAUAGGAGCUCAGAAAGGAAGAAAAAGAACACACAACAAAGUGAUUCUGCUGCGUACGCGACGUGUAGGCCCAAAAGUAGUUAAAUACUGUCCGAUUCUCUUCUAGAAGGCUAGGCGUUAACCCCUCUCUCUAUAUAUACAUAUAAACAAUCCUAUGUGAUCGCGGAAAGGGCGAACGCAGGGGCUGUGUGAGCGGACGGCGGGAACCCUCCCCGGAUGUCUGUCUUGUUUCCGCCUGACUGUCGGGCGCCGUGCUUUCCGCCCUGGAUGCCCGGGGAAAUUGUUGACAACCGUUCGCUGCCGAAUCCAUCGUGACCAACUGUAGGAAAUCGAUAGGCUUCUUCUUUUGGAAGCCCCCUACAUCCACUCCUUCUUGUUCCCUGGAGCGGAAGCUCCACCCAUUGCCAGAAGGCCAUCUGCUUUAAUGCGAUAGUAAGGGGUAAUUCGCUGCUUCAGGUCCCCGUAGCGGCCGUCUUCGUUCUUCCAGACCUCGGCGAUUACUAUGGCAUGCUUCUCAGCGGAAGCUUGGGUGUAUGCUUGGGAAUCUGAAGGAAGGACUGGGUGGGAAUGGGUGGAGCAGAAGCGAAGCUCCAAGGAACAAAAAGGGGUUGGAGUAGGGGGCUUCCGCCACAACUCAAUAACCAUGACCUCAUUGCUCUGCUAGCUAUGAUGAUGGUGAAGAGAAGAGAAAGCUCUCUGACAU